AUGUCCCAAGCCAACAGCGCCGUGGAUAUGGCUCCUUUCACUUCCCUUGCCACGCCCACCUCCACCGGUGCACAUGUCGAUGACGACGAUGGUGCAGAGUGGGUCCCAUUCCGGGUAAUGUCUCCUGACCCGGACUCUGUCAUCAUAAUCCCUUGGAAUCCUAACAGACGCCCCCGAGCUAUCGGAGGGCCAGGUAUCCGAGUGCGAAGCACCGUGGCGGCGUUGCGUUGA